AUGUCGCGUCACUUUUUGAGAAAACGAAGAAAGGCUUUGAUAAUAUUUGUGGCUUUCGCCUCGUCCUUUUUGAUUUGGACGUUUUUUACUCAAAUUCAAUCCUUAUCCUCGACUGCCAAUCAGUCGCCGGAGUCAUUACAUGAAGAUGCCCAUCAAGAAGUGCAACUAGGUGACCCCAAAUCCGUCAAAAUACCUGAAUUUCCAGUUGUUCCGGAGGUUCCGGAGAAUCAAGGUCCUCUGUUGCCUCCGAAUGGUGAUGGAUUGCCAAGGCCAAACGAACUACCGAAUGCUGUAGACCAACCAAAGGUUGCAGAGCAACAAGGUAAUGCAGAUAAUGGGCAGCCUUUGAAACCAGCUGGUGAUGCACAUGCUCUUCCGGAUGCCGAAAACCCAUCUAAUAUUAAUAAAGCAGUUGGUCAUGCACCUAUGCAAGUGAAGCCACCAGUACUACCAUCCAACGUUAAUCACAGUUCCGCUCAGUUAUAUCCGUUAGUGCCUCCUCAAAAAAGUGACGAAAAUGCGGUUGGUCCAGGUGGGUAA